AUGACGACGCCCAAAGCCCCUGAAGUGCUCUUCUUCGAUGUCUUCGGUACUUGCGUUCAGCAGCGAAGACCACUGGGAGAUGAGCUGUCCACUGCAGCAGCAGAGGCGUUGAAGAGCAAUGCUGCAACUUUAGAUGAAGCUGUGAGGCUGAAGGCGGAAAAAAUGACGUACGAGCAAUGGUUCGAUUUUGGCGGCAACUGGAACAAAGACGUGGACGACUUCACCGCCGACAUGAAGGCCAAAAGCAACUCGGUCGAUUGGCACGCCGUCGACGCAUACCGCCUAACCUCCCUCUACAAACUCCUCCGCCAAUCCUCUCUCCUCCUCCCAGACCCGAACUACCCGGAAUCAACAACCACCCAACCCGGCUCGCUCUUCACCGAUCCCCAACUCCUCAAGCUCAACUCAAUAUGGAGCCGCCUCCCUCCCUGGGACGACACCAAAGCAGGCCUCACCCUCCUCAACAAAAAUUUCAUAACAGCCACCCUCAGCAACACCCACGAAACCAACAUGCGCGCCAUCAUCGACCACUCUUCACUCCCCUUCCAGCACGUCUUCACGUCCUCCAUGUUCAACUCCUACAAGCCGAACGCGAAAGUCUACCAGGGUGCAGCAGAGAAGUUGGGAUUCCAGCCGGAGGAAUGCGCAUUGGUCGCGGCGCAUUUGGGAGAUCUCAAGGGCGCGAAAGAUGCAGGGUUUGGGAUGGCGAUCUACGUCGAGCGCGAGCUGGAGGAGAAGGAGCCGGAGUUGGUUGGGCAGGGGAUCCCGGAUUUGAUUGUUCAGGAGGGCAGGGGUGGGUUCGUGAAGUUGGCUGAGAUCUUGGGUGUGAAGAAGGACUGA